GUUUGGACAGCAGGGAAUGAACGGUGGCCCAGGAGGAUUAUUCGCACAGUUAGCCCAAGGAUUUCAAGGAGGAUAUGGUCCAGGACAUAGGGCUGCUAAUCCAUCUGCAUAUGACGAAUAUCUCAAAGCAUACAGUGUUGCCAUGCUUCCAGGCAGGGAGAGAGAGAACGUCAGUUACGGUGGAAAGAUCAUCAUGCCACCAUCUGCACUUGCACACCUUACAUCACUCGAUUUAGACUCUCCAUGGAUGUUCAAGCUUCGUAAUCCGGCUAAUCCGGCCGCAUCUACGCACGCUGGUGUUCUUGAAUUUAUUGCUGAGGAGGGUGUUGUCCAUCUACCUUAUUGGAUGAUGAAAACGUUGCGGUUGAAUGAAGGGGAUCCCAUUCGAAUUACUGGAACUGAAGUGCCGAAGGGCAAGUUUGUCAAGCUACAAGCCCAGCACGUCCACUUCCUCGAGAUCUCCGAUCCCAAAGCUGUUCUUGAGCAAGCUCUUCGUAAUUUCACAUGCCUCACCCAAGGCGACAUCAUCGAAAUCUCCUACAACUCGAUCGUAUUCGGUCUCCUCGUCAUGGAAGCUAGUCCCGGCGGAGAAGGCAUCUCAGUCCUCGACACCGAUCUUGAAGUCGACUUUGCCGCUCCUGUCGGCUAUGUCGAGCCCGAACGCCCUAAACCUCCACCUCCGUCGACGAUGGCCACAAAACUAAACAUCGACGUCACUUCUUCUACCCCUGGUUCUUCACGUCCCGGAAGCUCGAUCGGUGGUACAUUUGCGGGUACGAGUAAGGCCGCUACGAACGUGAGCAAGGGAGGUAAUGACUGGGAGACUUUCAAAGGUAAGGGAGAGACGUUAGGCGGUCGGCGUACGAAGGGUCGGGGGAUCACCCAUCGGCAGGCCGAAGCUGUUCCUACGGGGAGCAAGAUCAUUCGGACGGAUCAACAUCGUGUCGUCUCGAAUGACGAUAUCGAAUCUGAGGACAAAGUUCCCGCCCCUCUAAACCUUCCCCUUGGCAAAUUAUUCUUCGGUUUCAAUAUCCCCGACUAUGUCCCACCACCACCACAGCCAGACGAGAAUGCCGCCCCGCAGUCUCCUCCGUCAUUUGCUGGAUCUGGUAACACCCUCUCUGGUCGGCCUUCUUCAGGUCCGCAAUCCAAGGGCAAAGGCAAGGCAAAGGAAGAAGACAAUGCCAAACAGCAGCAGGCGACUUGGGGUCAAGGCCAAGGACAAACUCUGGGCGCACGCUCGUCGGCCCCUCCCGCUCGGAAUAUUGGGAACGGGCAAGUAGGUGCGGGAGGUGCAGCGGUCCCUCGCUUGCCGCAGAGGAGUUCGCAGAAGAAGAAAGAAAGGAGUCCAUCGCCUGAGAUGGACUGGGGAGUGGAUGACGAUGAGCCAAUCGAUAUUGAUAGCGAUUAAUUGUCGAUCGCCAGAUCCAGUUGUAGUGGAGAGGAUGUUUUUGUAUCAGCUUGUUGUGUACGUUUUGAAGUGAUGAUCACGAAGGACUGUAACGUAUCCGUAGUUCAAUAUCUGAUGAUGCAGAUGCCAAU